UCCCAGGUGAGUUUUGCAGAUCCAACACGCCUCAACUCAAAUCCUCAAUCUCUAUUUAUGUCCACUGUCCCAUCUUUGCUUUGCUAUAAUAUAUACUUCCUUUUUUUACCUUUCAUCAACUCAAUUCUCUAGCCACGCCUCUCCCUGUUCACAUCCCCCAAACUUCUCUAAACCCACGCUGUCACCACCAUCACACAACCAUUUCUAACUUACCAAUUCUCCAUUUAUUUAACAAAACAAAGAAAAGAAAGAUUCUGGGCAUUUGUCGGAUUCGGGUUCGCGUCGGUCACAUCCAUCAAACACACCUUGAUUCUUGGCGUGCGUCAGUGAACCUGGAAGAGCGUCAGGUUCAUUUAUAUCUAAACCCAAACAACUGAAGAAAGAAACAUACCCUCUCUCUCUCUCUCUUACUCCUCCCUCUCCUGACACCUACCGUGUUGUACGUGUCUUUCAAACGUCACCCACUUCGAAACGUAAACCAUGUAUCCACCAGAUUCAUUAUAAUAUUCAUUUCUCAAAUUUCUACUACUCAAAUUGAUAAACCCACCACACCACCACCCACCUCUCCACUACAACAACAACCUCCAUAGCAAUCGUUCUGUUUGCAAGCCAGUUCAGGGUGAGUUUGGAAAUAAUAACGAUGGGGAAUUGCCAAGCUGCGGAAGCGGCUACGGUUGUGAUUCAACACCCUGGGAACAAGGUCGAGAGGAUUUAUUGGUCGCUUAGCGCACACCAGGUUAUGGACUCCAACCCUGGUCACUAUGUUGCACUGGUCGUGCCCUCACCUACAGUUAAGUCCGACAAUGGCACACCAAUGAAACAACUUAAGCUUCUCCGACCCGAUGAUACUUUGCAUAUUGGCCAGGUUUAUCGCUUGAUCAGUUUCGAAGAUGUGUUGAAGGAGUUUGCUUCCAAGAAAUGUGGCAAACUCGGGAAAUUGCUGAAGGAAACAGGGGGUCAUGGCGUUCAGAUGAAGCACAGAGAUAACAGAGCUUCAAAUCCUAGCCUGACUUCCAAAAAUGAAUACAGUUCCAGUAAGGUGGAACAAGAGAUUCAACGAAUGGAGAGCAAUGGCAGUAGCAGCAGCAAUAACAAAGGUGUUGGAAGACAUUUCGUUGGUUCUGGUGGGCAAUGGAAGCCAGCCUUACAGAGCAUUGCAGAAAUUGGAACUUAAAACGCACCGUUAGGCCCCACUCCCAUGAAUAAAUCAUGCAGAGCAACAGCAUCAACAACCCUGCCUUUCAUUUCACGCUUUCCGCUGCAUUCACAUGACCCUCCUCCUUCAUUAGUAGUCUACUACACGUAGGGUUUGUGUUUGUUAAGCUUGUCUCUCUUUCGAAAGGACAUGUAUACAUGUAACCCUACAAUUAGACAUUAGCCAAGUUCUUAUAGAAUAUAGCAUAUGCUCUUUUGUUUUAUUUCUUAAACAUAUAUAGCUGUGUUCCAAGUCGCCCAUAUCAUUAUGGUACUAUGGUCGUAGAACAGUGUACCUUUAUUUGCCUUGAAAUUUAGUAGCGGACCACUAAGGAUUUCGUUAAUUGAA